AAUGUCAAAUCAUUCGUUUUUCCUCCCUCGUACGAAAACGUAGUCAUUCAAAGAACUAUACGUACUGUUCUCGCGUUUAGCUCCGAGUUCGUUUGACAUCCAUAACAUAUAACUACUGCUUAACUUACCGCACGAAAAUGGUAUCAAAAUUUUUCUUAUGUUUAGCACUUCUCUUUGUGACGGCUUUCGCCGAAAAGGACGCAUCCAAAGCGGCCGAUAACGAAAGAGUGAAGAAAGCAGUAAUAAUUCCUCCACCAGGCGUACCAGCGGCGUACGGCUAUUACGGCGGGGCCUACGGAUAUCCGUACGGGGUGCAACGGUUCUACGACGACGGUAAGUACCACACGGGCAAGUACGACGACGGCAAGUACCACGCAGGCAAGUACGACGAUGGCAAGUACUACGCCGGUAAGUACGACGAUGGCAAGUACUACGCGGGCAAGUACGACAAGGCGUCGGUGGCGCCCGUCGCGGUGUACAGCAAGCCCUACGCGGCGACGGCCGGCUACCCCGGGUACAGCUACAACUGGCCCCAACCCGACGGGUACAACUACAACGGGUACAACGGGUACAACGGGUACAACGGGUACAACAACUACUACGGGUACCCGUACGCUUAUUAUCCGUACGACUACCAGCAUCACAACAACAAGUAUUACGGCCAACAGUACCCUACGUACCCGUACGCCUAUUGAAACCCAUCGGCUUCCGAUCACUCGCAACACCGUGAUCGUAACCGAUUUACGACGAUAACAACAGCAACAACCGCGUGGCGUAUCACGGCGGUCCGUUCGUACGAACAAAGUUGCUGUUAUCAUUAUUUCUUAAUCUCGCUAAACAUGUCGAUUUCUUAUUUUUUAAAUUUUUUUAUGUUACGCUAUUCGCUUUCAGCUAUUAUUAUUGUAAUAACGUUUCGUUUCUUGUACAUUGUAAACAUAUUAACAAUUAUCAUAAUGACGGUUUUACCGCGCGUCCAGGCGAAAACGUCGUGUUUUUACAUUCUACGACGGUAAUACGCGAAUAAAAACAUUUUCAUACGUUAUA